AUGUCGAACGACCAUAGGGGCAAUGGAAGUUCAACCUCACCACCACCACCACCACCCUCUUCACAGUCGCCAUCUCCCGUCGCGUCUCAGCCCAGGUUAUUGCCACCACUACGCAAUGCAUCACUUCAUCACAGAAACAAUCACCAGCAGUCUGAUGGAAGUCGACCGUCUAUGCCAGCGACAGCAACUGCAGCAGCUGUCGCUGUACGUCUAGGUCGCGGACACAAUCUGUUUUUGCGGAAUCAGCCGAGUACCAGCAGUAGCAGCACGACCAACAGUAGCUAUAUGACACAGCCCACAAGUGUGGUACCGAGUACGAAUGGCAGCUCUGCUGGUGGCGGUGGCGGAUAUCACCGGCAGCAUUUACGCGCGCGAGGCGGUAUCUAUGCAACAACCACGACGGCCCAACAGGAUAUCGUGCGCCUCGAACGUGAUCUCGAGAAAAUACUGCUACGACCGCAUGGACGCCACCGCCAAGCGAGCUUCUCUGGGUCACACAACACGCCGGAUACAAAUGAGGAGACGACAGCGACGGGCGGAGGUGUUAAACGGAACUUGUUUAUGCGAUACUCGAGAGCCGACUUGAUGAGCGACAAUAAUGGUCCCAUCAAUGAAGACAUGCGGACUGAUCAGAGCCGAAUAGCCGCCAUAAUGAGCUCUAUAAUGGAAGUUGUGGAACGACACAAGCUAGCGACACAAUUGCCUUUUGCCGGCGAUAUUCUAGGCGUUUUAUCCGUUCCUUUUAGUCAAUCGCCUGUCAAUGUGAGCGACUGUCAGCAGGCCCUGGAUAUUUUUGAUUAUAUUCGCGAGCGCUUCAAACAUUUGGAUCCCAUCGACAACUUUGAGCAAAUCAUGUUUUGCUGUAGACUAUUGAAACUGGGCCAACUCAAACUCAAAAUGCGGCUCAUAUCUACGUUGAAGCUGAUGCUGGCACCUUGCAUGGGCAAUCCGAACUUUUUACCCUCGUCGUUUGCGGCGUUCCAUGCUCUUGUAUAUACCCUCGUGGAUGCUCUAGCAUCUGCCUCCACCUUUUCAGCAAACGCCACAUUUGAACGCCCACAUUCGCGACAUGAAGAAGAGUUUGACCAUAUUCAGUCUAGCAUAUUGGAUUUGUUGGAUAAAUUGGCAAACGGUAAUCUCAUUCCGCUCGUCGGCGGUACGGAUUGGGACCGAUACUUUAUACCCAAUGGCGAUAGCGGCACGGUUCCUGUUCAAGUUGCACGAUACUGCGUCGUCGAAGCUCUUUGCAAAUCGCUCAUGCCUAAUACACAUACCGACAAAUUGGAUCCACUGUCAAAAGCUGCGGUUGGAAAGCUCGUUAUCCAAAAAUUACUGCCACGCUACUGGCAAGAGCCGGAUACUCAAUUAGCACCUGCUUAUACCAUUGUAUUAUAUGUUUUAUCAGAAAGUGCCACGGACUGGUUUGUAAAUGCAUCCGACGAGGAUCUUCGACUGUCAUCAUCUGCGGUAUCCCUACUACUGACAUUUGUGCAGGAAAAGCUGACUGCAUCUGGCUUGCAGACAUUCUUACCUGACUGGCACGACAACAGCAACCAGCGAUCCGUAUAUGCAAACACAGUCAGCAUGCUUCUUUCCGUCAUGGCUGUGACGAGCUUCAAAGAACCGCAGCCCAGCAGCCGCCGUUCGUCACCUUAUCACAGCCCACGGCCAUCGUCCGCUUAUAAUUUUAAUGAAGUGUGGCCCGAGGACUUGCGUGACCAGCUAAGCACACAGAGCGGUAGUAUUGGUGGGGGAGGCGACAAAUCGGACAUGCUCGCAUGGCGACAUACCGUCAGCACAUUCAAAUCAUACUUUGAAAGUUUCUGGAACUCGCCUCUCAACGACCUUGUUGUUCACGUCAUCACUGAAACCAUUAGCGAUGGCAACUGGACUCAGAUCACGCAAAUGUACGAGAACUUGUCGCUCAACAUGGACGACGACAUUAGCAAUAAAAUCGUUACAGCCACAUUACCCGCACUCAUUGAUAGACUGGUGAAAAGCUACCCGCCGCCUACGCCAGCACUAUCUCAACUUUUGUUUCGAUUAUCCCAGGCGUAUCGUACCGUAUUCUAUCGGCUAGUAAUUGCAUGCGCAGCCUCGGACGACGAGCACAAAGUUUCGACUAAACUAACCAUGAUCAGCUGCUUGCGAAAAUACCUCUCUGGUGUACAAUUCUGGAUGCAUGAUGCAGAAAUGAUCAAUGUGGUUCUGCUGAGUGAUCUGGGCAGCAAGAAGGCUAAGGAAAAGGCAAGCGAGAUGGAUGACGGUGAGAUCAAAUGGGGAAGCAGCACAAUCGGCCAAUGUGCAAUUGCCAUGGAGUUCAUGUGGGCCAUCAAGGAGCUUCGCGAAAAGCAAUCGGAUCCAAGCCGCAACAUGGAAGAGGACGAGAUUGCCAAAAAGUUUUUAAUUGACCUGGAACGACGCUUGGCCGUGUUCAUGACUGCCAAAGAGAAACUUGUCCUGAUCCCUAUUCCACUGCGCGUGAUUCUGUGUAACAUCUUUCUCGACGCACGAUUCUUCUGCAACACGACGCACAGACCAGGCUGGCUGUCACGAGCUCUCGACUGGGCAACACAGCCGGUCGCCACCUCUGAAUUUUUUCGCGAUGCUAACAGUAACAACAACAAUGACGAUGCAUCGUCUGAAAAGAAGGCCACAGCACGCACAUCAACCAUCUUGCAUCACCACUUCCUUGACGAUGUCACGCUCAUGUUCCAGCGGAUACGUAUUACCUAUGCCAUGACGGUCGACCAACUCGAAAAUGAAACGAAUGAGGUCACGGAUUUCGGUGAUCGUCCAGUAUCUACGCUCGCACGGCCAUCGCCGCCCACAUCUUCUUCUCCAACGGAGGACUUGAUCGAAAUCCUGGCCACUGAAGACAACAGCAACAGCAACUUUCCAGUUCAUACCAAGCGACGGCAAUGCAUGGCAGAGAUGUAUCCCAUCAGUCGAGCUGCUGCUGCAUCUCUUGAUUUAAAUCCGCCCCAGUCACCCAACAUUGUCCUGGCCUCAAAAUUAGCAAAGAAACGGCUCGAAGAAAUGCCGUCGGUCCAUCAAGACCCGUUUGGUGCGAUUUUUUCGCUAUUGGUCGCCGUUUUCACGUCGCUGACGACUCAAGAGUUUUCCCGCCUCGUUUAUCCGUUAUGGGAGCGAUUCAUUGACGAUCGAAACCCACGCGCCUUUGUACCUGCUGCGUUCCUUCUGAUGCAAUGUGCUGAAAAGGUUCCCAAGUCUGUCGUCGAGACUUUUACACACGAUUUCUAUAGCAGCGAUCCAUUCCGGCGACUCUCAGCAGUUGAAAAACAGGCUUCUCUUGCUGGAUACCGCUUCAACAUCCUUGCCCAAGAGUAUAUUCAAACAUCCUCUCGCAAGCGUCCUUUUCGAGGCGAUGGUGGUGCAUUCUCAACGCCAUUCGUGCCGACAGAUCUGGGAAGCAACCGGUUUACUCUGGACGAGCCACGGUGGAUGGCCAAGUUGAAGCACGCUAGCAACUUUCCUAUUGAAUUGAAGCGGCAGAUCCAGGAGUUGGGAUGGGACGAUGACGAUCAAGGGGAAGAGCACGAGGCCCUGAAGAAAGUGCUUACUCCCUUGGCCCUCCUGCCAUCUCUGUACUUGGAGGAGGAGGAAGAGCCCAUGAACGAUGGUGGUGAUGGCACAGGCCUGGGACGCGGUGGCGAGAACGAUUCAAGACACAUCAGUGUUAGCAAAAUUAUUGCGCGUCGCAAACGAGCUGCCACUGUCCACGCACUCACAGCUGCAAAUCUCAGCAUGGUCGAUCUACUUGGCGACGAUUUCGGUGGUGUUUCAAGUGCUCUACGUGAAUUGCUGGAAACUUUCCUCCGAGACGAUCCAGCACUCUUUUUGCGACCCUUUCUGGGUGAUUUGGGCAAGUCGAAAAUCAACCAUCAGCGCGAGCUGCUCACACGUCUUCGGUACCUCGUCGAUCUACGCUCUAAACUCCCCCCUGGCUUCAGCUACAUUCUAUUUAACUACCUGUCCGGCAUGCUGAAAUGGCUUACCCGCGAAAGCAAAGAGGAUGGCCUUGUCCUGAUGACCUUGAUACAUCCUAUCCUGGCCGAGCUAGCAAUGUCGACCAACGAGUUAUCAACCCGAGAUUUACGCAAACACAAAAUUGAACACUUGCUGGUGAGCACGGGUCGCUUCUGGUUCACGAAUGAACAGCCUGCAAGCAUGUUCCCGCGCGGAUUGACCGAUGCGAAAACGCCAUUCAGUAUCCUCGAUAUUCCCUGGGAGAUUUUUAGCGUCGCCAUGCUACGUAUCAGCCAUAUCCAAUUCUUGACCAACUUUUUGGCACGGUAUCCUCGAGAAGUGUAUGCCGUCAAAAAGACGCUUCAGGACUAUGAGCCUUUGUCAUCUCAAGGACCCAAAAAACGAUCUUCGUUCCAACCGGGAGCUUUCGAAACCUAUUUUCCCGAUGUGAGCUUCCGCAUGCGUCGAGACACAACAUUUGUUUUUGAAGAAGUGAAACGACAAGAGAACGAGGACAUUGGCGGUUUGAAGCCAACACCACGGAAAUCGCAGCAAGAAGAAGAUGUUGCCAUGUUGUCUGCAUUGCGGGCCCGUGUGUGGCUACGAUUUAUCGACACACUCCUCCUUGGUUUGAACAAAAACUACAACGACCGCAGUGAGCUUGAGCGGAUCCUCAAGGGAGUCAAUAUGAUCAUCAUGGAGCACAAUAUGGACUUUGAAAUAAUCGGACAAGCACUGAUAUUAUACACGCGCAUCGUAACUCGGUUCAAACGCCUGUUCCUUGGCAACCGUGGCCAUGGUAUCUUCUUGCCUGCUUUAUUCAAGGUCUUUUGCGAAGUCGAGCGGUUCCCUCAUGUGCGGUCAGCCAUUACGUUUGCCUGGUGUCGGUUCUAUGCUGUGCAUGAAGAGACUUUUGUUUUCCAAAUGCUGGGUACCUUAGUGCCUAUCAUCCUCAACGCCUACACAAGAUCCACCUCCUUGGGCGCUUGGAUGACCGACAACUUAUUUGGCCUGAUGCAAGCCAUGCACCAUCCUCCCCGUCUGGGUGCCACGUCAGACGUGUUGGGUCUUCAGCUUCAAGUCGAACUGGACGACCACGAAAGGAGUAUACAAGAGCGAAUCGAUGCUGCCAGCAACCCCAUGGCAAUGCCCCUGUCAACCACCAUCUUGAAGCCUCUGACCAGAAGUGUCACUGCGCCCAUUGUUCCACUCGUGAUCAGCGACUAUGACAACCGGCCGUUUUUUCUGCAAAACUUUGUUAAACUGUUCUUAACGAUUAUUGCCUAUGACCCCGGCUCGCUACGCGCAGAACAAUUUGUCAAGAUGAUGCGCCACAUGUUACCCCGCUUCUGUGUUCUCGGCAAUCUGACCGGCCUUGUAUCUGAAGGCAUUGCUGCUCUGAUCGAAGUAUUUGCCAAAUUUAGCAAGAAUGCCAAACCGGCAGCGGCAACGGCCAACACAGGCGGCCAUUCGGGUGCACCGCAUAUCAACAUCACGAUUCCGCACCUGUUUGACGAUCGUGGUAACAAUCUGAAUGACGAGGGAAACCCUACGGUGGGAAACAGUAGAACAGAAUCCACCCAGCAUGCAUACGGAAAACAGUGGCAACAGAACGAUCGAUUGACAAUCAAGAAAGAGUUUGUUCUCCUCGUGAACGAAUUCUUCAAAUGCCAUGGCGUGCUCAGCGAAGCCAACCACGAAAAAAUGGCCAACAUUAUCCGUAUCAUUAUGCGUGAUUAUGCAUCGAUUCGCGGUGCCAUCUGUCCAACAGACUGGAUCAAGAGUUAUUUGGUGGACUCACUGCAAUCGAUGGUCGACAUGCGCAACUACACCAGGCCCUUCAAGACGAUGCUGCUCCAAAUUUACAGCCAGCUGCGCACUCAGUGGAAAACAGCAGAGAUUGCAGACCUGUAUGAAGGUUUUGCGAUUAUGCUGGAGAACGGUCAAGGCAAGGCAAUCAAUAUGAACGAUAUUGCUGGCUUGAUGGUGGAACGCUAUGUUGCCUUUGGCAUGUCUAUUGCCACGCGUCUCUCAGACUGGGAAUCCAGUCAGGACGCACACACCAAGUUUUGCAAUGCUCUGGUGCGGCUUAUUGUGGCGAUCAUGGAGAAUUCGACCCAAGACGUACUCCGAGAACUCGAGCAGAUGCAGCCUUCUGUACUUUUGAUAGGCAAGAUCCUUAUACCCAUGUGCUUGCAGUAUGAUUUGCGUCGGGACUACAACCCCAUUUCUGUCGUACGAAGAUAUCGACCUGAGCCAACAGCCAAUUGGAUGCGAUUGAUGGCCUACGUCUCAAAGUGUUGCAGUCAGGCUUCAUUGUUAAAGUCCAAAUCCAGCGGAUUCUCCUUGUCGGCACUGACGUCUAACAUUGGCCAAAAUGCAGGCGGCGGUUCGGGACAAGACGGGACGGCGGCAGAAAUGGGUGAAGUUCUCUCUGAUCCAAAAGACAAGAAGCAGCAAACGCCAACCGCGAUAGCACAUUUAUUUUCGCUCAGCAUCGUCGCCAUGAAAAUCAUUUUGUUACGUGGAGCGAAAUCGCUGGACAAGGUCAAAGGCUCGUGGGUUCAGGUUGCCUAUUUUAUUAAAGGCGCAUUAAUAUUUGGUCAAACGUUGAAAACACUAAAGCCGCGCACAUCCGGUCGAUCCUCACCUCGAGUGCCUUCUUCGCCAGGAUUAAGUCCACCGAACCAAAACUUUAAUCCGCCUGCAAGUCCCUUGACGCCCGAUUCCGGCCAUACAACUUUUCUUCAACAAAGCAGUAGCAACGGUUUGCCGCUUUCGACAGCUGUCCUUUAUGACUAUGCAACUUGGUGCUUCCUCGAGUUUGUCGUUUGCUACAAAAGCCCAUUAAUACUGUUUCUGCACAGUUUCCUGGACGAGAAGCUUAGUGAAAUGGGUGGUCAUGUCUCACCCUCAGGUGCUCGGUCACAUUCGAUGCUGAACACACCAUCAAGCAUGGGUAGCCGACGAUCACGAUGGAGAAGUUGGCGUCAGGAUACAGGUGAAUCUUCUGCAGAGCAGCAGCAACAGCAGCAAGCUGAAGGUAGCUCGCCCACAUGCGGCCUUGGUUUACAUAUACCCAACAACAACAACAGCAAUGCACAUCCACCACCAGCAUCCCCGUCUUUAUCUAUACAUCCGCCUAGCAUUGAUCUAUCCUUUGACUCUCCUAAAGAAGGAUUUGGAUCGCCACGUUCUUCACGCCGAGGAUCCAACCAGCAGCAGCAGCAGCAAAGACAACGUCCAACUUCAGGUGGAGCUCCGGCAUCGACGGAAUUACAUGUAAUUCAUGCAGAAACGAUCACGGCCUUGAUGAAUAUCCAGAACACGUUAGGAUACAAGACAACGUUGCCUUGGGGCACUGACCAUUUGCAAAGUCAUUCGCAGCAGCAGCCGAGACCAUGGACUUACCGAUCCGCUGUAAGCAAAGUAACAUAUGAAUGGCGGCUGAUUAUGCAGUUGUAUUACCAGUUGGUGGAUGCUUCAAGUGCCAAUAACAUUAACAAAAUACCUACCACGCCGACCACGACCAAUUAA